GGGCCAUAUUAUUUUCUGAAAGUAAGAAACUUUCCGUGGGCAGAACUCUUUCUAGUUCCCAUGGGGACGGGCAGGAUAGGCGAGAGGCCGAGCCCCCACUUCCAGCUCUCUGGACAGGGCGGGACAGGGCGGGGUUAGGCAGCAGUGGGUGUCACUCACACAGUGACUUUCACUUGUGCUUUCAGUGCUCAGGACAUGGGCACCUGCCAGCUUCCUUCUAGCCCGGUUGGACAGCUCCAGCAGCUGGUUUGGGGAGCUAAAAUUGUAGGAGCGUGAUGUCACCCGGGCCACUCAGGGCAGAGCCUGGCUGCUGGGCAGAAGGGCACUUGGGCUGGGCUGCUUCAGCCGAGAGGGCCAUUCGGUGUCCUACCCAGAGAGAGAGAAACAGUGAGAGACGAAGAGAGCAAACCAGAGAGAUAGGGAGGGGGAAUGCAAGGGGUCCCUGGGGGACUCAGGAGUCCCAGUGGAGAAUGAGAGGCGGGCCCCCCGUGGCGGUCCGGCCCCUGGCUGCUCUGGUCCCCGGAGGACCGGGCUGGUGAGGAGGUGAGGAUGUGGACUUUCGUCACCCAGCUCCUGGUCACACUGGUGCUGCUGAGUUUCUUCCUGGUCAGCUGUCAGAACGUGAUGCACAUUGUCAGGGGGUCCCUGUGCUUCGUGCUGAAGCACAUCCACCAGGAGCUGGACAAGGAGCUGGGGGAGAGCGAGGGCGUCAGUGACGACGAGGAGACCAUUUCCACCAGGGUGGUCCGGCGGCGGGUCUUCCUGAAGGGGAAUGAGUUUCAGAAUAUUCCAGGGGAGCAGGUGACAGAGGAGCAGUUCACGGAUGAGCAGGGCAACAUUGUCACCAAGAAGAUCAUUCGCAAGGUGGUUCGGCAGAUAGACUCGUCCAGCGCCGACACUGCCCAGGAGCACGAGGAGGUGGAGCUGAGAGGGAGUGGCCUACAACCGGACCUGAUAGAGGGCAGGAAAGGGGCGCAGAUAGUGAAGCGGGCCAGCCUGAAAAGGGGGAAACAGUGACCCCGAGCCGCUCUCCUUGGAGUAGCCUCUCGGGAGGAUCACACCUCGACACCCAACCCCUGAACCCCACACACUCUGCCAUGCACACAGGAGGAGAGCUGGACCUGAGGGCCACCGCAGCGGUGCACACGUUCCUCUGGGCUGACGGCAUGACCUCUGUAAGGGACUCCCGCUAGUCCCCUCUUCGCAUGAAUGACUGACUGUAGACGCAUGACCUCCAGGCUUCAAUCCUGCCUCUUGCAAUGACAGCUGAUCUGUCGGAACCAGGACACAAAAGGAGCAAGAAGCGGGGAGAGAGAGGGAUAGAAAACAGGCGCGGGAGAGCGUGUGAAUGCAAAAGUGAAUGAGGGCUUUUUGUGGCUGGGGAUGGGUUUUGGUUUUUGGGGUUUUUUUUUAGUUGUUUUGACUUCGUACAGGGUACUUUUUCCCGACCUCAUCUGUCAGAAAUCCAUGUGGGCUUCCUGGAAAGAAAAAAAAGAAAGAAAGAAAGAAAACUAGGCAUGUAAUCAGUUUAGCCACCUUAAUCUUAAGCCAUGUCCUCAUCUGCCCACCCUCCCCAACCCAACCUACACACCUCCAUUCCACUUGUGACACCCCCUCCACUCCCUGGUGACGCUCCUGCCAGAUCGCUCUACAUGACAUUCAGGACACACACACACACACACACACACACCACUCGCCUCCACUGAAUCUACACACAGAUUUUACUGUGACUUCUGAAGCUGUAUAGACUCUGCUGUGGAUAAACUGGAAUUUUUUAUGUUGUCUCUCUCUCUCUCUCUCUCUCUCUGCCAAUUUCAGUACAAGUCAUCUUCCAACGGAAAAUCAUUACCUUGAGAGUGCAUUCGGGGUUCCUUGUGUUAGGGACUUAAGAAUCUGAGGCGAGGACUCCCAGGCUUACCUGUAGGGCUCAAAGGGAGCCAGGACCCCAUCUGAAAGGGUCUCCUCUCUCAGUCGGGGGACGGGCAGGUGGCUGACCCAGGAUUGCACCAGCAUGUCCAUAGAGAAGAGAUUUUCUAUAUCUUCAAGCACUAUAUCAUAGUCCGUGUUCAAAGUGUAAACUGUACAGUAAUCAGCCUUGUGUAUAUGAAAAACAAUAAAUACUAUGCAAACCAAUAGAAACAUUUAGCAGUAUGUACAGAGCCUGACAGCACAGCUCCUGAGGACUUCUGUGGCUUCAGGAGAAGGAGCUGUGGCCUGCCUUUCAGUGAAAGAGGAAGGAAAGGAGUAGGGCUAGUGAAUGUAUCUGCCAGUUCUUAGAAGUCAGGACCACCCACGGUCUCCCAGAGUGAACUUGGUGCUCUAAGUCCAGGCAGCCUGCAGGCUGGGGGCCCUGGGUGCAGGUGCCAGGCUCGAGGCUGUUCCCUGUCUGCCUCGGUGCCUCCCCUCUGCCCAGCCCCUGUGGCCUCUUGGAGAGGCCAGCCAGGGAGCUCCCUGGAUCGCAUGACCAGUGGUAGCAGAGUUGGUGGCAGAGAGCCUGGACGCCAAGAGGCUGGGGCCAGGCUCUGGGUCAGGGCAGAAAGGAGACAGACAGCUGGCAGUUCCUCGCCUCGGUGCCAUCAGGGAGGAGCCUUAAGUUCCACUAGAGCCUCCGGCCCAGGGAGGCCCCAAUCAGCACAAUCCCUGCCCGUCCUCGCGGCGGGCGUCCCCAGGGCCAGGAGAGAGAGACGGGGCUGGCUCCUCUCGACCCCGGAGCCGCGGUGUGGACGGCCUGGCCCCGUCCGCCCCGCCGCUCUGCGGGAGUGUCCUUGGGACACCCUUAAACCUUCCAAGUAGCACAGAAGCCCCCUCCACGUCAGAGGCCCCCUGGCCGCGGGGCCUGUGAGCGGAGAGGGGCCCUGCCUCCCCUACAAGUCCGCCCCGAUGCACCCAGGGCCGAGCAGGCCCCGGGGCGGCCGAGGCACCUUGUCUGCCGGGGGCGGGGCUGCUUUUGCUUCCUUAGAGGGGCGGGCAGGGAGAGGAAGCUCUAGCUCCGGGCCUCAGUUUCCCCUAGGCUGCCUCUGAAGAGCUACAGGGCGAGCCUGGACGGCUGCCGUCGCCGCCAGAGGCCACCCCGGCCAGGCCUCCAGGGCGCAGAGGCGCCCCCAUCCUUCCCCCCAUCCCGGGGGCCACGGCAGGGCGGUCGCGCAGCGCGGCUGGGACCGAUUCGAUGACGGCCCAAGGAAGCUGGGCACAGGGCUCGCCUCCCCCGCCUCGAUCCUGCACCUUCCUCUCCCAGGUCGCCGCUGCAGCCAACCCAGUAGCCCCCUUAGCGCCCCCGCGGGCCCCGCGGCUCCAGGCUCCGCUUUGGCACCUCUGCUCCGGCUGGCAUGGCUGCACGCUCCGGCUGCUAGUAGGAGCCGUUAGGGGAGGAGUUUGGGGUCUCCACACGAUGCCUAGAGAAUGCUGCAGUCUGCACAUUAGACGCUUUUUAGAAGUUUUGAAAUUACCUUGAUUUUUUUAAUUGUUAUGAAAAUGGAUCUUUUCUUGACUCUCCCACAUGCUCUGUUAUGGGAGAGAAUCCCCUACCCCACUCUGAUGUAUAGACCAUUCUCCCUACACCAGCCGAACCAAUGUCAAAAUUAAUAAAGAAAUGGACUAAUGGCA